AAAGCAUAGUGCGGAUUUGGUAUUACAUCAGUGUGUUGUUGACCUUCGCAAGUGCCAAACCUGCGCUUAUCUCUGCCUACCCACCACAUCAGCAGUCUAGUCGUCAAUGACCUUUGUCUCUCUGCAUACAUAUUAUGAGCCUCUACUGUGAUGAUAUUGCAGACACAAUGAAUUCAACAGACAAACGUCGUCUCUUUCUUCCCCUCGGGGACGACGAAGAAGACCCCAACCAGGAAUGUCCCUCGCAAGAUCCGACCAUCUGUGCUGCGAGGGGCAAGAGCAAACUUGCCCACGGUGCAGGUUUGAGCACGCCUGACACGGCAAAUUUAGCUCUUACAAGUCCGGAGUUGGAGGGGAUCAUCAUUUCGGGUUCUCACACGUUUCUUGUCAGCAACGGGCCAGGACUGACACCCUCUGCCUGCGGACUGAACGGCAACAGUGACAUCGAGCAACAAAUGCGUUACUGCCAAGAAUUUCUCGAGGCUUUGCAACCGCGCAGUACAGAAGUCUCUAGCGUCUGCGACGGAAAAAGUCUUCAGUCAAUUAGUGCAGGAAACACUGCAACUAGUGCACAGAGGCACAGCAGCGAGAGUACUGUGAUGUCUGGAGAAGGAAACGUCGCCUACAAUUUCAACGACAAUUUUCAAGACGAGAGUGACAGUGGUGAAGACGAGAUUACAGGACAGUCGACAUCGACUUCUACGGGAUUGCAGUCAUCAUGGGUGACGUGGAAAGCCACGCCCACGUCGCAGGGGAAUCCCCGUUCGCUCAAAUGGGACAAGCGCAACCCGCCGAAGUUCGACUCGGCAACCGUCGCUACGAUGAGUCCUCAAGAACGAGCCUCGUAUCGGGCGGCGAGAAAACGAGCGAGAAACCGACAGGCCGCGUCUCGUUGUCGCGAGAAGAAACUGAAGCGUCAGAGCGAACUGGAAGAUGUCGUCCAGAGUCUAACGGAUCAAAACACGAGUCUCCACACGCAAGUCUACGCGUUGCGCGAAGAGGUCUGCAGACUGAAAGACGAGAUCGUGAAGCACGCACAGUCUGGCUGCCGCACAAUCAUUCUGGAGUCAUCACUGCUCACUGUCCAAAGAAUUCAACACGAAACCAACAAUUACUGACAUCCACACAAACGAAAAAAGAAGACACUCAAAACAGUAAAGUGAAAUUUUAUUCCUUCUGGUAAUUAGAGUUUGAGCUUUUUGUAAUUAGGAACUCCCAUACAGUAAUCAUCAUAUGGAGCCUUUGCAGCUCCCUUGUAUUCUAGAGCACGUAUUUAGGUGUACUAACAAAUACUAACACACAUUGUAUGUAUGACAUAAAAAUAAAUGCUAGUUUUAGUGUGA